AUGUUGCUGUUGUCCUCGUUGCUGUUGCUCGUGAGCGCUGUUGCUGUGGACGGGUAUCCCUGCCCUUGCGUUCCCGAUUACGUCAAGUUCCAGUUCGACUUUCAAUGGGGUUGCAAUCAUCCGCCAACCGCCAGCGACUUUACAUCUUCCAGUUCGUGUAACAUUGCGGGAAAGCCUCGUGCUUCCAGCAUCAAGAAAGUCAUCAUGCAUGAUUUAAUGUUAGAAGGCGAAGAGGAGGGGAAAGAAGAAGUCUGGAUGAACACGACCGCGUUGUUGACGGAAACAAUAGGCGAGGAUGGGGCGGCCAAGUACACCUUUACGUACAACCGUCCCAAGAAAAGCCCCACCAAACUGUGGUUUGACUUUUACACAACAUCCUCAGCACGUGGUGAUCCUGUUGCAACUAUUGACUUGAACUACCAGCGUGGAAGUGACGAUUGUUUCCAUGACUCCAACCCGGUGUUUUAUCCAGGAGAUUUUAUUUACUUCUUGACUGUGGAGAGCGUUGGCCACAUCUCGGACCCCUUCUGUAGCUAUGGGGAUGAACGAGCCGAGACAAACACGCAGAACUGGUUUGAUGGGAGUGUCGCAGAAGCGCUCAAGGGUCUCCUGGCCUGA